AUGGAUUUCGACGCCACGAUCGAGCGACUUAAUUCGCUUAAGCUGCAAGAGCGCAGCGCCAAUUUCAAUGCGAAUCAGCACGCAGAGCACACGGCGCAACUGCAACACGAGGUUCGACGACUGCAAGAAGAGAACGAACGCCGCGUGUUGGACCAGGAGCAGCAGUUGCAGCGCUGGCAGCUGGAAAUGCGCGAGAUGCAGACGCGACUCGAAGCUGCUGAGCACCAGAACCGCUUACUCAAAGCUGCAUUGGGCGAAGUGGAUACGUAUCGACACCAGGCUGAGACGCAACAACUCGUGAUCGAGGAGCUCCAGACGCAAGUCAAGCAGCUACGCAUCACCAACUACCGACUACAGUAUGUGGUGCAGCAGAAUGAGCCACGAGGAGGUCAAGGGUCUUUUCUACCGCCGCCACCGCCAGAUAUUUUCUAA